CGCUGGGAGCGGCCGCCCCGAUGUCGGGUCCGCGGGGCGCCCUGCAAGCCUGGUGCCGCCGGCAGUGCGAGGGCUACCGCGGCGUGGAGAUCCGCGACCUCAGCACCUCGUUCCGCGACGGACUGGCCUUCUGCGCCAUCCUGCACCGCCACCGGCCCGACCUCCUAGACUUUGAUUCUCUCUCCAAGGAUGACGUCUAUGAGAAUAAUCGCUUGGCCUUUGAGCUGGCAGAGCGGGAGCUGGGCAUCCCAGCCCUGCUGGAUCCCAAUGACAUGGUCUCCAUGAAGGUGCCCGACUGCCUCAGCAUCAUGACUUAUGUGUCUCAGUACUACAACCAUUUCAACAGCCCCAGCCAAGCCAGCGUCCCUCCGCCUAUGAAGCGACCAAGUGCUGCCUCCUCUCCUCCUCUGCUGUCCCACAAGACCCCUGUGGCUGCCGCUGAGAGUCCUUCAGCACCACAGGAGGAAGGCCCCUCGGAGCAGCGGCCCCAGCGCAGCGCACCCAGCAGCACCUGCGCAGCCUGCCAGCAGCACGUCCACCUGGUGCAGCGCUACCUGGCCGAGGGCAAGCUCUACCACCGCCAGUGCUUCAGGUGUAAGGAAUGCUCCAGCACGCUGCUCCCGGGGUCAUACAAGCCUGGGUCAGAGGCAGGGACUUUUGUCUGCACGCAGCAUCGUGGUAAAUUGGCCGUGAGCGGGAAGGCAGAGAGGAGACCCAGCCUGGACCGACAGUCACCAGAGCUAAGAACUGAGACUGGGGCUGACAGCAUGGGAGAGAAUGCCCUCCAGGCAGGAGCAGAGGUGGGGAAGGAUGAUGCUGUCUCCCAGGAGAGUGUGGCAGAGACCUCUACGCGUGCAGAGGGCCUUGCUGGCCCAGCAGAGAAGGACAGCACAGCCAGUAAAGCAGAGACACCGACAGCCCCUGCUCAUGCUAGCAGUGGGGCACCUGUCUCCCAAACUCCCCCCAGGCCUCCAAUCCCCAGCAAGCCUGCAGGGCUCACCCAGGACAAAGACAGCUCGCUGGAUGGACGGCUCAGAGACUCACGUCCCACCCCAGCCCCAAGGAAGGCCACCGAUGCGUCUGCCCUGUCCCUUCCAGCCUCCCACCCUGUCCCCCGGCCCAGGUCCACCCUGCAGGGCGAGGGCAGCGAGUGUGGGCCUGGCAUGGUGAACGGUCGGGUACCUGAAACCAGCCCCCCUGUCCCAAAACCUCGAGGGAGACCCUGCUCCUCUGAUCGUGGUGGAGCUACUGCAAGAGCCAAGGACCCGCCGUGGAUGGCCUUGGUGCAAGCAGAGCCCAAGAAGAAGCCAGCUCCCCCUCCUCCCCCAGGCAACAGCCAUGAGACUCCAAGUAGGACUUCAGAGGAAGAGGAUGGGGAGGAGGUGGGCAAAGCCAGGAGUGAGGAGAGCAGGUCUGAUACCACAGAGCCCAAACCCUACAACCCCUUUGAGGAAGAGGAUGAGGAGGAAGUGGAAAGUGCUGACACCAAAAAGAGCACACCUGAGCAGGAGCAGAGCGAGACAGCCGCCAAACCUCUCCACCCCUGGUAUGGCAUCACUCCUACCAGCAGUCCAAAGGCAAAGAAGCGGCCAGCUCCACGGGCCCCCAAUGCUUCCCCGCUAGCCCACCACCCCAUCUCCAGGCUGUCACACUCUGAGCCAUCAUCCUCCACCCCCUCUCCAGCCCUCAGCCUCGAGAGCAUCGACUCUGAGAGUUCAGCCAAGGUGCUGGGAGACACCGAAGAGGCCUCAGUGCCCAAAAGCUCCUCCGAGCCCACUGUGCACAUGCCAGCCGCCGCCAAGAGUUCCAGCGCUGAGGCACCGCUGGCCAGCGUCUCCUCCGGGGAAAGCCCUGCUGUCCCAGCCAGCCUCUCCACCAGCUCCCCCUUCUCCUCCUCCAGCGAGCUGGCCAGCCUCAGUGGGGAGACGCAGCCCAGCACCCUGCACAGCAGCAGGAGCAUCUCCGCUGGCAGCCUAAAGACCAGCCCCAGCCGGCUGCCCCCCAAGCCUCCAGCUGGGGCUAGCCCUACACCCAUCCUCUUGGCUUCAGAUGGGGGUGCUGGGAGCCCCAAGACAUCUUCCUCACCCAAACCACAGCUGAAGUCUUCCUGCAAAGAGAACCCCUUCAAUCGGAAGCCAUCGCCUGCUGCCUCCCCCUCAGCAAAGAAACCUUCCAAGGGCUCCAAGCCUGUGCGUCCUCCUGCGCCAGGCCACGGCUUCCCACUGAUCAAACGCAAGGUGCAGACAGAUCAGUACAUCCCUGAGGAAGACAUCUAUGGAGAGAUGGAUGCCAUUGAGCAUCAGCUGGAUGAGCUGGAGCACCGUGGGGUGGCCUUGGAGGAAAAACUGCGCAGUGCUGAGAAUGACAACCCUGAGGACAACCUGCUUGUGGACUGGUUCAAACUCAUCCAUGAGAAGCACAUGCUGGUGCGCCACGAGUCAGAGCUCAUCUACAUCUUCAAGCAGCAGAACCUGGAGCAGCGGCAGUCAGACGUGGAGUAUGAGCUGCGGUGCCUCCUCAACAAGCCAGAGAAGGACUGGACUGAUGAGGACCGAGGGAGGGAGAAGGUGCUGAUGCAGGAGCUGGUGACCAUCAUUGAGCAGAGGAAUGCCAUUGUGAACUGCCUGGAUGAGGACCGGCAGAGAGAAGAGGAGGAGGAUAAAAUGUUGGAAGCCAUGAUUAAAAGGAAAGAAUUUCACAAGGAGACGGAGACAGAGAGCAAGAAGAAAGGCAAAUUCAAGCCCAUGAAGGUGCUUAAGCUGCUGGGCAACAAGCACGACUCCAAGAGCAAGUCACCCAAGGAGAAAAGCUAGAGCAGGGGAACACCAGCAGCUGGGAGGGAACCCCGACUUGCCUCUCCCUGGCCCUGGCUCGCCUCUCCCCCUGCUCCCUCCCCAGGCACCCGAGCUGCUGCCCCAGGGAGAUGCCAGCCCUCAGCCCAGGGCGGGUGAGAAUGACCAAAGCCCUCCCCUUCCCAGGCUGUAGGGGAGCAUGGCCAUACCCUCUGUGAAGCCUUGUUAACAAAGUGGGGAGAAGACGGAUUUGCUUUUCAGAUACGUUACCCAAUUGUGUGCUCCUGUCAAUAACUGAGAUCAAGCAGAGGAGUUUCGUAUUUGAGGGUAAAUUUGCACUAACUGCACCCCGUCCCUUUUCCCGCUCUAACUGUGACAGUUCCACGUGCCUCUGACUUCUGCCAGGAGGGGACUGGGCCUCCCUGUCCCUCCCUGCCUGACCAUUCUUGUCCCUUUUCUGUUCCAUUUUUAACUUCAGGAAAAAACUGACAUUAGAAUCAGGAUCCUUUGGGUUUUACUGGCCUAAACUAAAAGGUUAAGAAAAUACUCCUGCAUCACAAGGCUUUAGAGCCAUAGCCAAAAAAACAA